AUGUCAAACCCAAAGUUCCUCGUUGACAUCGACGGUAACGCCAUCACCACUGACCAGUGGUACAAGAUCAUGCUCUCUGACGGCACUGAGCUUGGUGUCGGUGCCACUGUCGAGAAACGUAUGGCCAGCGCCCCCGUCCCUUCUGGACAAGGAAUGGUUGUUCGCUAUCGCUUCAAAGAAAAUAACGACACUGCACUCUAUCGCUGGGUCGAAGGCGAAACCGGUUUCAUUCGGGGACUACGCACGGGCCUCGGUGGCACCCAAAAUCGCAAGAACCUUAGCCUGUCGUUCUACCUGAAACCGAGGGUCUUCGCUUGGUAUGAUGAACCCCCCGCAACGGGGCCGUCGUACGGUAUCAAGGCAUACCAGCUUCCUGGCAAUAGGAUUGCAUUGUAUGGACUUGAUGACCAAGGAAAUGCUCUCGGCCUCAGAGUCUAUCAUGAACCCACCGGGGGGUUAUCGAUUCGGGCGAUGGGAGGAGACUGGCCAUUGAGCUUGGAUGUGGCGUUUGUUCGAGUGGAUAAGACUUUCGCAGUGAACGGUAACCCGUAUUUCUAA